AUGCCUCCAAUAAACGAUUCGGCCGUGGUUGAUUUCAAUCAUCCACUUUUCUUGCAUCCAUCAGAUACUCCAGGCACUCCGCUCAUCUCCCAUCAAUUAGUCGGAUUGGAGAACUAUAAUGUUUGGAGCAGGUCGAUGCGAAUAGCACUUUUGGCGAAGAACAAACUCGGCUUCGUUGAUGGUUCUUGCCAGAAAGAAAUUUACGGUCCUGACUUGCAUCCUCAGUGGGAGAGGUGUAAUGCGAUCGUGUUGUCUUGGAUUCUCAACGCCGUGAGUAAGGAGCUCUCGGCUGGCAUUGUCUUCGCUUCAAAUGCGGCUUCGGUUUGGGACAAUUUGAGGGAGCGCUUUGAUAAGAUGUUAUGGGAUGAGUAUGUUGCACUUGUGCCGAUUGCAUCCUGUGAGUGUGCGAAUUCGCAUCAGUACUCCAGGCAUGUUACUCAGCAGCAGCUUCUUCAGUUUCUCAUGGGCUUGAAUGAGACCUAUUCGUCGAUUCGAAGCCAAAUCCUGCUGAUGCAGCCUCUUUCUUCGGUAAACCAGGCGUAUUCCAUGGUUGCUCAAGAGGAGUCUCAACGAAUCCAGCUAUCUGCUAUGCUGAGUCCUGAUUCCUCGGUGUUUUAUUCCAAAAGCUCAGGGAUUCCUGAUCGACGUCGGUUUCAAGGUACUUGUGACUAUUGCAAGGUCAAGGGUCACAAGAGGGAUAGUUGCUACCGUCUCAUAGGAUUUCCACCAGACUUUAAGUUCUCCAAACGAAGGCAUGCUCAAGCUGUAGUAGCUGUCUCUGAAUCUGUUGCUGCACUUGAACCUGCUGUUGUGUAUGACCUUACUAAUGCCUAUGGUAUUGUUGAUGAUAAUCUUCAUGCCUCUAAUAAAUCGUCGACUUGGAUUUUAGAUACAGGACCUCUCAAGUGGAAGGAUGAAGGGGAUUGGUAA